CCGUCGCCGAAGUUCCACAGAGGGCUCCAGCCUCCACAAGGAUCCUUCUGCUAAGCCUAGGUACCUCUUCUCCCUCCGAAAUCUCUCCAUCACUAAUCCCUGUAGAAAGCUCCCCACUGAGAUGGCCGCUUGCAUAGAGCAAUUGACGUCCGGAAUGGCGGCAACGCCGCUGCCAUUCAACUUGGACCGACCCCUCUUUGCCGAUCCAUCCACCAUUUACAAGUUCGUCGAGCUAUCGACGGCUUACCGGCGUGCCAACAAUGAGGAGCACAGGGAUGACCUCUGGUUGAAGAUGAGGGAGGAGGCGUGGAAGGAUGUAGAGAAAGAGCCCGUCUUGGGCAGUUACUACAUAUCCUCAAUCCUUGCCUACGACUCCCUGGAGAGCGCUCUAGCCACUCACCUAGGCUACAGGCUCGCCACACCUUACUUGCCCGGCCAGAACCUGGCCGAGGUCUUCCUGGCGGCGUUCCUCGAAGACCGCAGCAUUCGCGCCGCGGUCCAGGAAGACAUGAGAGCAAUCAAGGAAAGGGACCCAGCAUGUGUCAGCUACGUGCAGGUCAUGCUCAACUUCAAGGGGUUCCUAGCAAUUCAGGCGCAGCGGGUGGCUCACCGGCUGUGGCUCAUGGGCCGGGUGCCCUUGGCCUUGGUCAUCCAGAACAGGGUGUCUGAGGUCUUUGCUGUGGACAUACACCCAGGUGCGAGGAUUGGGAAGGGAGUGCUGCUGGACCAUGCUACUGGAACCGUGAUCGGCGAGACUGCUGUCAUCGGCGACAACGUGUCCAUCUUGCACAACGUGACGCUCGGAGGUACCGGCAAGGCCACCGGCGAUCGGCACCCGAAAAUUGGUGAUGGUGUGCUGGUGGGUGCUGGGACACACGUCUUGGGCAAUAUCAAGAUUGGUGCCGGCGCAAAGAUCGGAGCUGGUUCGAUCGUCCUGAAGGAGGUGCCGGAGAAGACAACUGCGGUAGGGAACCCGGCGAGGUUGCUAGGUGGGAGGGACAACCCCAUCAAGCUAACCAAGAUCCCGGGCCUCACAAUGGACCAUACCUACGAGUGGUCAGGCUAUGUCAUCUAAUAAAAAUUUUCUCUGUUUUUUUUUGUAAGACUUUUUGUCUGAAAAGCAGGCAGUGUACAUAUGCUUUGUAAGGUUCACAUGGAGAAAUAAGGAUGGAUUUGGUGAAACCGUGUACUCAGGACAGAGUAGUAACCGGAAAGCUGAAGAUCUCAUUGUUUCAGCAGUUUUUUUA